ACUUAUUCAUUCAUCUCACAAAAUGGCCAUUAAGAAAUACUCCAACAAACUUCCUCAAAAUGCAGUUUUGAAACAAAUCCUUAAAAGAUGUUCAAGCUUAGGAAAGAAAAACGAGUAUGAUCAUAACCUUGAUGUCCCUAAAGGUCAUUUCCCUGUUUACGUUGGUGAGAAUCGAAGUAGAUAUGUUGUUCCAAUCUCUUUUUUGACUCACCCUGAGUUUCAAUCCCUUCUUCGACAAGCUGAAGAGGAAUUUGGCUUUGAUCAUGAUAUGGGUCUCACUAUUCCUUGUGAAGAACUUGUUUUUCGAUCCUUAACAUCAAUGAUUCGAUGAAUGAGAAUAACAUUGUUGUGAUUUGGAGAAGAUCGUUUCAUGAUCACCAAAGAUGAAGCAAUAGCUUUUUGCUUCUCUUUUUUUUUAUUCUCCUUCUAUCAUAGCUAUUUUUGUUCUCAUUCAAUUCAUUUUCUUUUUUAUUUUAUUUUAUUUUUAUUAUUGAAUUUUUGAGAGUGAGUAAUGUGUAUUAUUAUGUGACUCUAACUUUUUACCCCGUGAAUGUGAUGGGUUGAAAAUUGUAAAAAGGUUUCCUUACAGAGGUUAUGUGUAGUAUUAGUAUGUACCCUGUGAGAGAUGUUUAAUGUCAAUCAAACCCAACUAGUUACUUUUCUCUUA